CCCUCUCCUACCUUCCACCACCCUCAUCCCACAAGCUUAUCAGCACCUUCUCUCCUUCCAUCUCCCUUCCUUGCUCCAAUCUCUUCUUCCCACAAGCUGCAGUUUCAGUCUCAGUUCCCAUGAUGCAGGCCAUCUUCCUUUGCCUGUUACUAUCUUUCUCCCUCCAAUCCUCCUCGGCUCAAGCUCAAAACUGUUCCAGCGAGAGCUUCUCCGGGAACAGGCAGUACUCAUCCUGCAACUCCCUCCCUUACCUCGGCGCCUCACUGCACUGGACCUACCAUGCCUCCAGUGGAACAGUUGACGUCGCCUACCGCGCGCCGCAGUCUUCCUCCGGCUGGGUCGCCUGGGCCAUUAACCCCUCCGGUACCGGCAUGAUCGGCGCCAACGCCUUCCUCGCCUUCCCGGAUUCUGCCGCCGGCGCCGUGACUGUUUGGACCACGCAGCUGUCCACGUACUCCCCCACCGUGCAGGACCAGAACUUGAGCUUCAGUGUGUACAGCAAGUCGGCGGAGUACUCCGACGGGUCAUACACCAUUUACGCGACGCUGGAGGUGCCGAGCAAUAACACGAAGGUGAACGUAGUGUGGCAGGCGUCGACGCAGAUCAAGAAUGGAGUGCCGAACGGCCACUCCACCCUCGGCGACAACGUCAACUCGCAGAGCACUCUGGAUCUGCUGUCGGGGCAUGCAGCAUCUGCUGCAGAUAAUUCGAAGCAGCACCGAAUGAAUAUUCAUGGGGUGUUGAAUGCUGUCAGCUGGGGUGUCAUGAUGCCAAUUGGGGCCAUCAUAGCCAGGUAUCUGAGAGUGUUUCAAGCAGCUGAUCCUGCUUGGUAUUAUCUCCACAUUGCUUGCCAGAUCUCAGCAUACAUAAUUGGGGUCUCUGGAUGGGGUCUUGGCCUCAAGCUAGGAAGUGAAUCUGUUGGUGUCGUUCAUCACAAGCACAGGAUGGUGGGAAUUGCCCUCUUCUGCCUCGCCACACUUCAGGUGUUUGCAUUGCUUCUAAGGCCAGACAAGAAGAACAAGCACAGGAUCUACUGGAACAUGUACCACCACUCGGUCGGAUACCUUGUCAUAAUCCUGAGUGUUGUGAACAUCUUUGAAGGCUUUGAGAUACUGCUCCCUGCCAAGAAGUGGAAACAUGCCUACAUUGCUACCAUUGUGCUGCUGCUUGUCAUUGCACUUGUCCUGGAAGUGAUCACUUGGGCUGUAGUCCUCAGGAGGAGGUCGAAAAGCUCCGAGAAGUCACACCAUGGAUCCAAUGGUGUCAAUGGCCAUGGUGUCAAGCAGUAUCAGGUGGCUUAGAUAGAGCCUGGCUUGCAAUGCAGGCUGUGUGUGCUUGGAGAUCUCUCUUUGCUAUGAGGACUGGUUGUAUUCUUAUGCAUGUUUAGGGGAGAGAGCAUUAUUGAUACCAUAGUUAUUUUAUUUAUUUUUCAAGGCUGACAUGCAUUCUACCCUUUUUGAGUUUCAUUGUAAUAAUAUGAUCUGAUUUAUAUUGA